CGAGCUGGAAGGGGGCGCAGGCCCCGCCUUCCCGGGCCUGGGCUGUCCAGCGAGCGAGGACGCGGGAGGGACGCACGCGGCCACCUGGCGGUCCCCCUGGGCCGGGCCAGGGCCUCUGGAGGGAGCUGGAAGGUGCAGGCCCCGCCCCGGGGUCCCGGCCUCGCGGGGGGCGGCCCCCCGCGCGCGCGCCAGGUAGCGGGCCGGGCCGGGGGCGGGGCGCGGGGGGCGUUCCCGGGGCCCCCGCCCGCCGCGCGUGAUGUCACGGAGCGGCCGGCUCAGGCGUUCCGGGGGCGGCCCGGGGCGCGGGGCGGCGGGCGCCUGAGUCAUGGACGGCCCCUGGCCCCUCCUCUCGGCCUGCGCCGCGCCCCCCCGCCGGGGCUAGCGCUGGCGCGGCGGCUCCGAGGGGUGGGGCUGCGGGGAAUGGCUGUGCCCCCUUCGGCGCCGCGGCCGCGCUCGCCUUUUUACCUGCGGAGGCAGACGCGCUGCCCGCAGUGCUCAUGGAGCAUGGAGGAGAAGGCGGCGGCCAGCGCGGGCGACCGCGAGCCGCCGGGCCCCCCGAGGGUCCCUUGCUUCGGCAUCUCCGUGCACCAGGACGACAUCCUUCCCGGCGCGCUGCGCCUCAUCCGGGAGCUGCGGCCGCACUGGCAGCCCGACCAAGUCCGCACCAAGCGCUUCACCGACGGCAUCACCAACAAGCUGGUGGCCUGCUACGUGGAGGAAGACAUGCGGGACUGCGUGCUCGUGCGGGUGUACGGGGAGCGGACGGAGCUGCUGGUGGACCGCGAGAAUGAGGUCAGGAACUUCCAGCUGCUGCGCGCGCACGGCUGCGCCCCCAAACUCUACUGCACCUUCCAGAACGGAGUGUGCUACGAGUACAUGCGGGGCGUGGCCCUGGGCCCGGAGCUCAUCCAGGAGCCCCGGCUCUUCAGGCUCAUCGCCUUGGAGAUGGCCAAGAUUCACACCAUCCAUGCCAACGGCAACCUCCCCAAGCCGGUGCUCUGGCCCAAGCUCUGCAAGUACCUCACGCUCGUGAAGGAGGAGCUCAGCCCCAGGCUUUCUGCAGAUGUGCCCACAGUGGAGGAGCUGGAGCGGGAGCUGGCCUGGCUGAAGGAGCACCUGUCCCAGCUGGACUCCCCCGUGGUGUUCUGCCACAACGACCUGCUGUGCAAGAACAUCAUCUACGACAGCUCCAAAGGUCAUGUCCGGUUCAUCGACUAUGAGUACGCCGGCUACAACUACCAAGCUUUCGACAUCGGCAACCAUUUCAAUGAGUUUGCAGGCGUGAGCGAGGUCGAUUACUGCCGCUACCCCACGCGGGAGACCCAGCUGCAGUGGCUGCGCUACUACCUGCAGGCCCAGAAGGGCUCGGCCGUGACCCCCCGGGAGGUGGAGAGGCUCUUCGUGCAAGUCAACAAAUUCGCCCUGGCCUCUCACUUCUUCUGGGCGCUCUGGGCUCUCAUCCAGAACCAGUUCUCCACCAUCGACUUCGACUUCCUCAGUUUCCUGAGCCUCCCAGGGCAGCACCCAGCCCAAACCAGCAUCACCAGCUGCCGGACGGAUGGACAGAUCGGAUGGACAGAUGGUGGGGGGCCGGCGCCGGGUCCCCUGGCUCCCCCCGCAGCCGCCACAUCUGAGAGGCCUCCCUCCCUUGCUCCCGGCUGGCUGGAACUAGAGAACCCUUUCCACUGUGCUACGCCCACCCUCGGGGGAGCGGCGGAUGGACAGUGCUGCCCAGUGUGCCCCAGGGCCCCGCGGGUGCCCUGCCCACAGCCUGCGGCUUCUCUGCCCACCGUCCAUCAGCUCACCUCGGUCUCCAGUGCUGACCUGCACCCCGGCACCUUCUGGCCUGUGAGGGCCUGGGCAGGAAUCGCGGCCUCUCAGGGCCUAGCACCAGCUGCUGCCCCCUCGACCCAGGGGGACCCCUGGUGCUGACCCCUCUGUGAAUGACCGUGGUUUUCUGCAUUAAAAAGAUUCUAGGCACUGUG